AUGGAUCGAUCAGAUUACAUAACAACAGUGAAAGAAAUGUUACAGGACAGUAAAGUUUAUAAAAAGAUUACAGAUAAACGUAGAAAUCCUACAACAAGAACAGAAAAUGACUUGCAAAAGAUGCUCAAGACUUUAUGUGAUUCAGGACAUCUGUCGGAGUCGGAUUAUUGGAAAUUAAGACCUUUUGAUUCCACGGCAGCAGCAUUUUAUGGCCUUCCCAAAGUCCAUAAAAUUCCGCUAAAAGAAGAACACGACCACUUCACCAUUGAAAAGAAAAAUCCUCCAACACAGAUCCCCUUAAGACCAAUAAAUAGCUCGAUCGGAUCACCAACAUAUCAGUUGUCCAAGCACUUAGCGGGAAUUUUACAAUCAUUGUAUGAAGAGAAUGGUUACUCAGUUAAAAAUGCACAAGCUUUUUCGGAGUUUGUGUGUACCCAGAGAGUUGAGAAAGAUGAAAUGGUUGUAUCAUUUGAUGUUAUUUCACUAUUCACUUCCAUCCCCGUAAAAAUGGCUGUGGAUGUAGUGAAGCGACGACUUUCUGAAUCCCACAAAUGGAAAGGAUGUACACUUUUGACUGCUAAACAAGUCGUAAAUCUUCUGGUAUUUGUCUUGAACAACAGUUUUUUCAAAUUUCAAGGAAACUUUUUUCAUCAAAUUUCAGGGUGUGCCAUGGGAUCGCCG